AAUAUGGGCUAGCCUGCGCAGUGAUGGUGUACUGUGAGCGCACCUGCGUUAUUUCCCUGAACGACAGGAGACCUAUUAACUGGUGUUACACAUAGCACAUGUCUUAACUAGUAUGUUUUAAUUUACAGGACAACGGGGAUAAACUGAGCGAGUUAAAAAUUGUCCAGUCAUUAGCUGAAAGAUGGGGGAGUUUGAGAAAAAUGCCCUUGGCCGGGUAACAGUGUACUCCAUCCAGGGCUGCCCACACUGUGUUCAAGCAAAGGCCACGCUGGGACGUUUGGGAGUACCUGUCUGCGAUGUGGAUGUGGGGAAACAUCCGGAGUUAAGAUCCAGGGUGAAGGAGCUGACGGGCCGCAGCACAGUCCCUCAGAUCUUCUUUAACAACGUACACGUUGGGGGCAACGAUGACCUACAGAAAUUGGCUCCUGAGGAGCUCCAGAGGUUGGUGAAUCUGGUCAAGGAAGAGCCUCUUCCUGCUGAUGCUCCCCCUCUGCCAGAUGAGAAUAAAUUAGACGACAUGGCUGAAGACAUCGAUGGAGACUUUCAGUGUGAAAGAGAUGAGUUUGCAGACUUGGUAGAGGACCUGAAACAUGGCAGUGUGAUUGGCAAUCAUAGGAGGGGACUGACUUUGUACAAUAAGAGCUUCUCAGGUGAAGAACUGGUUGACUGGCUGCAGAGAGAGAAGGGAAUGGCCAGGGCUGAGGCCUGUAAAACUGGCCAAGCGCUGUUGCAGAGGAAGUACAUGGUGAGUGUGCAUGGCUGUGGGCAGCAGGAUGGCAGUUUUGGAGAAGGGAAGGGAACCAUGGAAACACUGUACAGGCUACUGGAGGAUGACCCUCACUCAGCCCUCAACGCAGGACAGACAGCAGCUUGCAGUCCCAUGGAGGCCUCUGAGCUCUCUUUGCUUUUACGAGAGUUGAUUCUGAAAUUGUUCUCCGAGCAUCUCUCUGCUGAUGGCAAGUCUGUUGACUACAAAGGCAUGUCCGUGAGCCCUGCUUUUGAGCGUUACUGUGAGCUAGCCAUUCAGCUGCAGAGAGUGGAGCUGCUGACACUGAGUCGGGAGGAGAAGCUGGCCUUCUUCAUCAACAUCUACAACGCCUUGGUCAUCCAUGGAUACCUACGCAUGGGGGCCCCCACCAACAUGUGGCAGAGAUACAGAUUCUUCAACUAUGUGAGCUACCUCAUUGGAGGAGAGGUGUUCACGUUGCAGGACAUCGAGAACGGCGUUUUGAGAGGGAACAGAAAAGGCAUGGCACAGCUUCUGAAGCCCUUCUCUAAAACAGACCCACGACUACAGGUGGCUCUUCCUGAUGCCGAGCCUCUCAUUCACUUUGCUUUGAACUGCGGUGCAAAGGGCUGCCCACCAAUCAAAACGUACACUCCACAGGACAUUGACAGCCAGCUCCGCACGGCAGCUGAGGCCUUCCUUGAAAACGACGACGGCUGCAUGGUGGAUUCUGGGAAAAAAGAAGUGCGACUCAGUCAGAUAUUCAAGUGGUACAAAGCUGACUUUGGAGGCACUGAUGAGAAGCUGCUGAAGUGGGUGGUGGAGCACAUGAGUGACUCUCCAAAGAAGACCAGCCUGCAGGGUGUCCUUUCUGCUGGGAAGACCAAAGUCAGCUUUCUCCCAUACGACUGGAGCACCAACAGUUCCCACUGAGCACGCACACGUUCAGCUACAAUGCGUCGUCUGCUUUGCCGUUGUCCACAACCUGAAGGUCGAGUGUGAAGUGUUGCAAAACGCAGCCCUGUGGUCUUUAACAAUGCAAAUAUUUUAUGCAAAUCAAACUGUAAACCCGAGUGGUGACAGGGGAUAUUUGCACUGUAUCACUGAAACACCUACAGACUUAUCCUAGCUUCAAGGUCUAAUUGCAAGCUCCUACAGCCCUGUCUGUGUGUGUCAUUUACUUUUUAUGAGUUGUAUGUCCUUACGUUUCAUUGGUUCAAGUAAAGACAAGGGGAUAAAAAAUACAAGUUGCAAAGUGAACUUAAAGUCCCCAUGAAAAGGAACUACGAGAGUAUCAGAUGCAUUUCCAAAUGAAAAGGGAUUGAACCAAUUACAAGUUAAAGGGCGGGACAUAACCAUGAGAUUCAUUUAAUUGGAUCGUUACUUCAACAAAGCUAUUUAAUUGGUUGAAAAAGUAGCAAACUCCCUUUAGUUCAGGAUGAGUCAUCGGACAUUUUAAACGUUUUUACGGGAAGAGACGAUACUAAAUACUCCGGUAAUGCUUUAUUGAAAACUAUUUGGCAGAUAAAUGAAACAGAGGAAAAGGUAUUUAUCAUUUCAUGGGGACUUUAACGCAGCAGCAGAGUUAACAUGACGUGCGUUCUGCUCAUGCAGGUCCGAGUAAAAUUAUCAGACAAAGCUUACUUUGAGCAUACUGUAUGAUCACAAUGUGAAAAUAUGGCUUCCUCGUUAUAGCUUUAGUUGGUCAACACCAUGUAAGGAACUCAGGAGUCAAAGAUCAUCAAGAUCUUUACAGUUGUAUCCAACACUCACUGGGCUUCUUAUGAGGGACAUUUCAUCAGAGCAGAUGGAGAUAACCUUGAUAAGCCUUACCAGAACCCUCUGAGCUUUCAAACCUACUCAUUCAUCAUUUCAUGCUGGUUCAUAGUUUCAGGGCCAUUUCAACCUGCAGACUUCAACAAGUUGAUGACAUUUCUUACAGUUGUUUCAGCGCUCAUACCUAAAUACAGUAUAAAUGGAACAUUCUGUCAUCUGGUGCCCAGUGGAUAUUUACUGCUAACAUUGAAACACAGAGUAAAACACCAGAUGGACACUGAUGAACAUUUCCUAUUCAUAACUUGUCCCAGGUAAUGAGCUGUUUUAUUUUACACACAAAAUAUGCUCUUGUCUUUCACUUGAUUGGCACAGGUUGGACUGUAGUGUGAUGCAGGGGCUGUAACCUUCCUGAGGUCUCUGUCUUUGUGGACAGCAUCCUUUUUGUAGGAUCCCGUCUGAACCGAAGUCGUUCUUUUUGCAUGUCUUGAUCUCUUCCCCCCGAGAGGUAUUUUGUAUGAUCUUUUCUUCUAGUGAAACUAAAUGGUUGUUUACCCCGCUUCUUGAUCCAGGUCUUCCAUCUUGAAUCAGAAAAGUGCUACUGAUUUGUUUUUUUAACAACGUAAAAUAAUAUAAGAUAGAGUUAUAUUGUGAAUAAAUGGAAUCUGUGAGAAUAGUGCAUCUAUUUAGGAUGCACUAUGACUCAUAUUUGUACUUUUCUCACAGAGGAGAUGUUGUUUGUGCAUAUCACAAUAAUGUUAGAACAGGCUCUUAAUAUUUAAUUUAUUGUAGGAAGGGUCUUGAAUAUAUAUUUUCAUUACACAAACUCAGUACUCAUGAUUAAGAUCAAAUGUAGCAGUUUAUUUUGAUAAGAGUUUGCAAGUUUUUUUAAAAAAAAUUUAUGUGUUAGUGGCUCUUCUUCUCCCUAACAAUGAAAUCCAACUUCAUUGGUUGACCCGGCCUUAAAAUGUUCAAACGCCUUCUUUAACGUGAACCAUUUUCUGUAUUGAUGGGAUGGCCACACAUUCAUUUAAUAUGGUUACUGUAGAUGAAGAAGAGUGUGCAGAUUAGAAAAAAAAAAAAAAAAUAGAAGGAGCUUUUACUCUCUCUGGAAUUCUUAGGAUUUAAUUAUCUCAGGUCAAAGUAAAUGUUAGUGGAAAAACUGUGACAACCCAGUUUGUCAUCUCUGUAUGCUGUUUGUUCUGCAAGAUGAUAUUGACUUAUUCUUCACAUGCCGUAAUCUGACCUUUGCAAAGACAUCAUGUUAUGCACAUUAUUACAGCUGUCAGUUUCUUUGCCUUUGGGUUGUAAGCAGCACCAAAGCGUAUGGAUUCAUUAGCAUGUGUUUAAACUGGAAUGCAUUUGCUGCAUGAGACACUGGACGCCCUCCAGUCUUGAAUGCUUGCCUGUGACAGGACUGCCUCUCUCACUGCUUAGUUUAAAGGCUGUAUGCGCAGCUGAAAUAAUGAUUAGACUUUUUUUUAUGAAUACUUACACAUUAACACUCAGCCCAACAAAUAAAGUGUCUUUAAAAGCCUUAUAUUGAAACAGAGUUGUGCAAACUGAAGUUUGGUUAACCAAGCCAUAUUUAAAAUGUCAAUUUAAACAUGCAAUAGAUUUAAAAACCAUGUGUCGAGAAUAGACUGUGCUCUUUCUGAGUGCAUGCCUUCAAUGGAUGUGAAUCUUGGCCAGAAGGUGAAGAUACUUUGUUUCAAAUUAGUAGAAAAAAAAAAAAGAGAAACAUCUGGGGUCCCUGUCUUUUUCCAAGUUACCUCAUAAAUCAGGAAAAUUUAAUGCAAAAACUUUUAUAAGCAAGCAAUUCUUAUAUGAUUCUGUUUGCCUCUUUCCUGGGGUUAACAGUAAAGCAAUAUGUUAAUGUAGUAAAUAUGCAAUGCUGAAUAAAAAACAAACGUGAUGAGUC